AUGCAAACAGAAUCUAAAAUAAAAUCAAUUCCCUGUUUUAAACAUGAAGGAUCCUUUAUACUUUUCAUCAAUAUAGGAAAAUAAAACACAGAAUUUGUUUGUGAUGAAUGUUGUGUGGAUUUAAAAGCAUUAAAUUCAGAUUAAGAAUUAAUUCAUAUUAAAAAUGUAUAAUCUCUUAAUAUACUAAAUAAGGCUUUAAGGUCACCUGAAUUUUUUAUAUCUAAAUUGAAUAUUUCAUCACCUCUAAAAGAGUAUUUAAUUAAAUUAGAUAAAUGUAAUGAAUAAGCCAUGAAAAGUAUUCUCAAGGAUUUUGAAACUAAAAUAACUGAUAUAUAGGAAAUCCUUAAGGGAGUUUAUUAAGAAUUAAAAUGCCAUGUAGAAAGUAUUUUAAAUAAGAAAUAGAAAAUUAGAGAAGAAUUAUAAAAAGUAAAUUAUUAUAACAAAAUUAGAUUAUCCAAUUUGAUAAAUUUACAUAAUUUGCAAUCAAUUUUAUAUAAUUAGGUGAUUAAAUUAAUUAAGAAGCUAUUGAAUAAAAUGAACAAAUUCUACAUGAAUAUUUAAAAGAUCUUACAAAAAAUAAUUGUUAAGAAUUGAAUUAAAAAUUGAUUGAGAUGUUAGAUCGAAUAAAAAGAGAACCAAGAGAUCCAAAAGAAGAAUAAUAUCCUUAAUAUAGAAAAUUAGAAGAAUAGUUUAAAUAAUUAAAUGCUAAGUAGAUAGAAUUUGCAAAAUAAAUUAGUUUAAUAAACUUUGGAUAAUUUACUAUAAUAUAUGAUUCAAAGUUCGUUUCUAAUUAAUAAUCAUAAAAGAUAAUUAAUAUCAUUUAAUCUAAAUUGAAUAAAAAAGUAACAAACUUUUCAUAAAUAUAUUUGGAAACUAGAGAUGGAUUAAAUGGAUAAGCUUUUUGGAAUAAAGUAAAUGGGAAAUCGAAUUUAUUAAUGAUAUUCAAAUCUAAAAGUGGAUAUAUUUUUGGUGGGUUUUCUCCUUGUUAAUGGAAUUAAAAUUUGAAUAAUUAUGUUUAAGAUAAUACAAUGUCAUCAUUUUUAUUUUCUUAGACUCAUGAUUAAAUAUAUCCUUUAAAAGAUGCAAACAAAUAGAAUGCUAUUUAUUGUCAUUAAUCAUAUGUACCUUAUUUUGGGAGUGGUGAUAUAUAUAUUGCAGCAGAUUUUCAGAAUGGUUCUUCUAAUUUGGGAAAUUCAUAUUAAUGUGAUUAAUAUUAGAUUACUAAUAAAAACACUCAUUUAUUUGGUUAAACAACUCCAAAUAUAGUGGAAUGCGAGAUUUAUCAAGUAAUACUUACUUGAAU